GCUGCUCACUGCUGAUCCUGUUGACUAGGUGUCGACGGCGUUCCUCGUUGCAGCGGUUAACUUGUAACGACGUGAUAACUGUGGAUAACUGGAAAUAACCUGAAAUAAAACCUCGUAUUGCCCCGUGCGAGGCAGCUCCGUGUGCUCGGUGUAUUAUGCGGUGGCCAAGUUAUAACUAUUUAUAAAAUCAGCUCGCGACUGGCGUACUUCCUUUAAGAUGAUAGAGCAAAUAUUACUCGUGGCAAAUCAGGCGUAUUUCGCUGUUGCGUCUUUCAGGAUUAAUUGAGAUCUCGGAUACCUCGUCGCCUCCAAUGGAGUGGUCCUGUUUAUAAGAUUUCCUGCUGCCGAUACAUUAAACAUGGCUCUUCUAGGAGCACAAUUGGUCAUCACCCUUGUAAUGGUUAGUAUCAUACAAAAGUUGAGUCCACAUUUUUCCUUUGCGAGAUGGAUCUUAUGUUCCACAGGAUUGACACGAUAUCUGUAUCCAACAGAUCAUCAACUCAGAGCAUUGGCCGGUGUGCCGAAAGAGAAACCAAAGAGAGGAAAACACAGCGAGAACGGCAAAGUGGGAGAUGUGUUUCACGUCCCUAGAAAUCUAGACAUUAAGCUUGAAAGUGCAAAAAUAACUAUUCUUGAUGUAGUGAACUUAAAAUAUUAUACAGAAUAUCAGUGGCUAUUGGACUUCUCUGUGUAUGCUAUUAUUGUUUAUGUACUGACAGAGGUGUAUAAUUAUUUAUAUCCAAUCAAAGAUGAAAUUAAUCUCAGUAUACUAUGGUGUGUGGUGGUUUUGGGCUUUGCGUUUAAAGUAUUACUUUCCCUUUGGAUACAAUAUUUCAAGGGUGAAGAGAGUGUUGGUGAAAGGUCCACGUGCAUCGUUACUGGAUUUGCAUAUCUUCUUAUUGCUAUGAUGGUACUCAUAAUCGAUGAAAAUAAAUUGGAAAUUGGGUUGGAAAAAGCAUAUAUGAGUUUCAAUCAUAGUGCUUCUCAUUUUUUAGAUACUCAAGGGCUUUCUUCGACGGGACCAGCCUCAAAAAUUGUUCUAAAGUUUUUUCUUGCUAUAUGGUGCGGUUUAUUGGGAUCUUUGUUUACCUUCCCAGGAUUAAGGGCAUCAAAAAUGCAUUGGGAUACGUUAAGGUAUUAUAAAGAUAAUAAGUUAUUAGUGCUAAUAGCAAAUAUUAGUUAUGCCUCGCCACUUUUGUUGGUAAGCCUAUGGAUUACACCUAUAAGUAGGGAUUAUUUGACUGUUCGAAUAUUCAGUGGCAUGACUGCUCCAUUAAUGACAGUAGCAAAGUUUGAAAGUUUGAGAUUGAUUAUUAUUGUUGUUGCCAGUUUAUUAAAAAUUGUACUCAUGCCGAUAUAUCUACAAUCUUAUUUAAAUCUCGCCAUUCAGAGAUUAGAGAUUCAAAAGAAAGAAGCUGGCCGAAUAACUAAUGUUGAUUUGCAAAAAAAGAUUGCAGCUGUAUAUUAUUAUCUAUGUGUAGUGGCGCUUCAAUUUGUUGUUCCCAUAAUUAUAUGUUUAUUUUUUACGUUUUUGUACAAAACACUUGGUGGUUUUACCUGGGAAGGCAUCUUAAAAGGAACGUUGGAGGAAGAAUGCCCAGCGGAUGAAUUACCGAAAUCACUAUCAUCUACAGUUAAUAUUGAUAAUAUUGACAAGACUGUUAUACAAACUGCUGAAGAAGUUCAACUCGCGUUGGGUUCAUUGAAACAAAUAUUUACCACAGAUGUGUACAAAGGCGUCUUAGGACUAGCGACGUGGUGGAGUUGCUUCGCAUUAUUAUCGACCAGUGCCAUGGGCAUGUUUUAUCAGUCGUACUUCUCGAACAUGUGAAAUGAUUUGUGUUGGUGACAAAAAAUCCAAACGUCAUAUCGCACAAAUUUUCAUUAAUUCACCGAUCAGCCAUUCAUUAAUUAGGCAUAUAACGUUGUUCAUUGAGAUACAUAUUUUCAGAUUAUCUAUUUUAACAUCUAUCGCCAAAUAAUUAAGAUAAUGGCUAUUGAUAAUGUAAGAUUUUGUAAUGCAUAUGGCAAUAAACAAUAGUACUACAGUUGUAUUGUAAAUAAAGACAUUU